AUCAAUUUGAGCCCACAAGAAUGAAUAAUUCAGAAAAUUUUCAAUCUUAUGUUCAAAACGAAAAUCUCACCCCUGUUUCACAACCAUCUUACUUGACAAGAGACCAAGAGCAUGAGAUCAUCGUCUCUACCCUGCGACAAGUGAUAUCCAGCCCUGGUGGUGACACUUCUUCAUCAAACUGGAUCGCUAGUGAAGCUCUUCCACCUCCGGACGCUGGCCCUUGUCCUAUAUGCGGUGUCACCGGUUGCUACGGCUGCGCAUUCCCACGGCCCGUAGAGAUAACGAAGGAGAAGAAGCACAAAGGGGUGAGAAAGAAACCAUCAGGUAAAUGGUCGGCUGAGAUAUGGGAUCCAAGUAUAAAGGCAAGGAGGUGGCUUGGAACGUUUCCCACCUAUGAUAGGGCAGUGCAGUCUUAUGAAGAAGCACAAUAUGAGCUUGCCGGAAGAAGGUCGGCGUGAGGUUACUCACGGCGAAGGAGAACCCUUUACCAAUAGAUAUACGUAGAUGAUUUAAUUUGAUCAUCCCAUUUUUAAACCUAUUUGCUAAAACUUUUUUUUUUUGGUAAACACUAUUUGCUAAGACUUUGGAAUGUUAUAUGGUCUUGUUACUAAAAAUCAGACUUUAAAACUUGUAUCUUUUUCAUAUUUAUAAAUAUAGUCAUAUUCCCAAAACCACACUUGACA